CGCAAGCAGCAGGAACGAUGGGUGAAAAGCAAAGAUCUGGGCGUUGGCGCCUUCGGACAUGUCUGGUUAGAGACGUGUUCCAGCAGCGACAGUGAGCCGCCUAAGCUCCGUGCGGUGAAAAGAGUGCAGAAGGUCAUCAUGUUUCACCACAAUAUGGAUUAUACCCGCGAAAUCCAAGCGAUGGUGCGGUUCUCGCAGCCUAAGUAUACCAGCUUCUUCGUCCAGUCGCUCGGAUGGUUUGAGGAUCCCGACUCGGUCUAUAUCACUAUGGAGUACUUUGAACUUGGGGAUCUGUCAAAAUACCUAUCGAGCCAGCCCUUGCAGGAAGCGGAGACUCGGACGAUCAUCUUUCAGUUACUCUCGGGGCUCCAGCUCUUGCAUGACAACGGAUUCGUUCAUCGCGAUCUCAAGCCGGCGGGCGCCCCUAAUUGGCAUGUUAAGAUCGGUGACUUUGGAAUCAGCAAGCGAGUCAAAGACGGGACCCGCCUGCGAACGGUUAUCGGCACACCCCAGUACCUCGCUCCCGAAGUGCGGGAUGGUAUAUAUGGGGUCAUGGAAGACGAGGAUGGGGACCUAGCAUACACCAAUUCAGUUGAUAUGUGGUCCAUUGGCGUCAUCUCUUUCUAUAUCCUCACGGGAUCCUUACCAUUCAAGAAUUCUUCCCAUGUCCGGGCUUUUGUGCGGGGAGGUCCGUUUCCGUGCUCGAAACUU